GGCAUAACCAAUGACAUUGCUGUCCUGAAACUGGAACAGAAAAUUAAAAUGACUGAUAAAGUUUUUCCUAUCAAAUUGCCGACUCAUCCAGUGAAAGCAGAUACGCCUGUGGUGGUCACCGGUUGGGGAAGAACCAUGUCGGAAACUAAAAAAACUACUCUACAAGAGAUAGUUACCCGGACCAUCACUGUUCAGAAAUGCAAGGAGACUUUUCGGUUCGUGGACGAAACCAUAAUCUGCACACGUGCGACGAAUGUUAGCCCCUGUAAUGGCGACUCAGGGGGUCCAGCGAUGUACGAAGGCUAUCUUGUGGGCCUCGUUUCCUUCGGCAGGAGGGGUUGUAAAACAGACACCCCUCAAGGAUUUACUAGUGUUUAUCAUCACCUCAAAUGGAUCGAGCGCGCAAUGCACCCUAAUUACAAGGAUCCCAAUGGAUGCGGUAUUUUGGAUCUGUCUUUAGUACUUAUUGUAUUGGCUCAACUAUUUCUGUACUUGAUAUAGGAGUGUUUAUAUUGAUUUUGUUCAAGGCAUCCUUUGUGUGUUUAUCAACUAACUAUGCAUAGUUGAUAAAUAUUUUUAAGGGACUCUGAGUUCCAUUUACGUAGU